AGCGUCAUUUGAGGAAGAAUUGUCUUCUGUUUCUAACAGCGCUAAAGACCCCACGGUGUGUCGUAUUUCUUCGCUAUUCCCAAGGACGUAAUACAAGCCAAUCCAAAACCUGAGAUUUGGAUUAAUAACGGUUUCUUAUGCAGGAAAUGUACACGACGAUAUGCCGGAGACCACAAACGCUGUUAUACAUAGUAAUCGGAAUUUCUAUUGGCGUUUUUAUAUCAAUGUUGAGUAAUUCAUUCCAAAGUUUCCCACGGACUAAGUUUGCUGUACACAACACCGACUCGAACUUAGACUUCCACGACUCUGAAACCGACCAUAUUGAUGAACAUCACGAACCACAUGACGAUUCACAUGCACAUCAUGAUGACUACACCAUUGCUGAUGCGAUGAAGAAAAAAAUCCGUGUCUUGUGUUGGGUUAUGACAAGUCCAAACUCUCUGGACACCAAAGCCAUACAUGUGAAACAUACGUGGGGAAAACGAUGCAAUAAAAUACUUUACAUGAGUUCAGUGUCUGAUCCCAAAUUUCCCACCAUUGGUCUAAAUGUUUCCGAAGGGAGGCAACACUUAACGGGGAAGACCAUGCAAGCGUUUCAGUAUGUUUACAAACACCACUUCAACGACGCUGAUUGGUUUAUGAAAGCGGAUGACGACACCUACGUCAUUGUGGAAAAUCUUCGGUAUUUUCUCUCUACUAAGAACCCAAACGAUCCCAUUUACUUUGGACAUCAUUUUAAAACCAUAGUCAAAGGAGGUUAUCACAGCGGCGGUGCCGGGUACGUACUCAGUAAAGAGGCUUUGCGUCGAUUUGCCUUGCUAGGAAAUUCAAUGCUUUGUCGUCAAGAUGGAGGAGCUGAAGAUGCAGAAAUAGGCAGCUGUUUAAUGAAGUUAAAUGUCACAGCCGGAAAAACUGUUGAUAACCUAGGAAGAUCACGGUUCCAUUGUUUUGGUGUGUCUACACAUCUUCACGGAGGUUUUCCGGAUUGGUUUUACAAAUACGAUUCAAACGGAGCUAGAUCUGGAAUACACAAUAUCAGUGAUUAUCCUAUCACAUUCCAUUACGUCUCACCAAAGGAUAUGCAUUCGUUAGAGUAUUACGUAUAUCACUUACGACCCUUUGGCAUAGUAUCAGGGGCCCAAGAUUUGAAUGUCUGAAAAAUAUAAUUUAUAUAUAUAUAUAUAUAUAAAUUAUAAAUAAAUAAAAAAAAAUUCAAUUUGGUUUUCUUUUAGUUUUUUUAUGAAAUAUAUAUAUAUAAAUAUGUGUGUGUGUAUAUAUAUAUACAUACAUAUAUAUUUAUAUAUAUGUAUAUAUAUACAUAUAUAAACAUAUACAUAUAUACACAUAUGAUAGAUAUAUAUAUAUACAUAUUUCUAUGUAUUUAUAUAUAUAUAUUCAUUUAAAACUGGGUUGUAUUUUUUGUUUUUUUUUUUGUCUUUUUUUUUUAGUUUCUUGUAAUUUAUAACAGAUUUUCUGAGAAUUAACAAACAAUGGAAAAUUUCGAAAUUUUUUGUUUUUCUCUUUCCCUCUCCCUCUUCUUCUUUCUAUCUAUCUCUGUCUCUCACUCACUCUCAUCCCCCCCUCUCUCACUUUUUUUUAAUUUUUCUACAAAACUUUACGAAUAUGAAGGGACACAACUUUUACUGAAAUAUUUUCUGUGAUGAAAAUUCCAUUUACAAUAUUUUUUGUAUUGUUUCACUUAUAUAUAUAUAUAUAUAUAUAUAUAUAUAUAUAUAUAUGAAUAUUAUACACACACACACACACACAUACACAUAUGUGUGUAUGUACAUAUAUUAUGUAAAAAGGACAAUAAGGGAUUUGGUGCUGGGUUUUGCUAAUAAAAAUAAAAUUUUUUUAAAAAUCUA